GAGCCGGAAGUCGCGGACGGACGGAGGCACAAAACCGCACCUGCCCGACGGCGGAACCGCCCCCCGGAGACAACCAGCCAAUCACAAGGAGCAGGAGCCAGGCCGGGCGGCGGGAACCGGCUCCGAGGGGCUCAGACCGGAGCGUUCCGCCUGCGCCUGCGGUUCCGGGACUCGGCGACAGCGCGCCGCCCGACCGGUAGGAGCCGCCGUCGGCGAGCGGGCGAGCGGCUUCGCAGGGCGCGACGGGCGCGCCGCGGCUUCGCCUCCCGCCGCCACAGACCGCUCGACGCGCAGACAUGGUCGAGGCCGACCGCCCGGGGAAGCUUUUCAUCGGGGGCCUCAACCCCGAAACCGACGAGAAAGCCCUCGAGGCCGCGUUUGGGAAGUAUGGCCGCAUCAUCGAGGUGCUCCUCAUGAAAGACCGAGAGACCAGCAAGUCCAGGGGCUUCGCGUUCGUCACCUUCGAGAGCCCCGCAGACGCCAAGGCCGCCGCCCGAGAUAUGAAUGGCAAGUCCCUAGAUGGUAAGGCCAUCAAGGUGGCCCAGGCCACCAAGCCGGCGUACGAGAGCAGCCGGCGCGGGCCGCCGCUGCCCCGCAGCCGCGGUCGCCCGAGAGGCCUGCGCGGGACCCGCGGCGGCGGCCCGCGGCGACCUCCCUCCCGGGGUGGGCCCGCCGACGACGGCGGCUACGCGGGGGACUUCGACCUGCGGCCCUCGAGGGCCCCGCUGCCCAUGAAGCGCGGGCCGCCGCCGCGCAGGGCCGGCCCGCCCCCGAAGAGGGCCGCGCCGUCGGGCCUGGGCCGCAGCGGCGGCGGGAUGCGCGGGCGGGCUCCAACCGCGCGUGGGCGCGAUGGCUACGGGGGCCCGCCGCGCCGGGAGCCGCCAGCCCCGCGCCGCGACCCCUAUCUGGGCCCCCGGGAGGAGGGCUACUCGCCCCGCGACAGCUACUCGAGCCGCGACUACCCGAGCGCCCGCGACUUCGCCCCCUCGCCCAGAGAGUACACCUACCGCGACUACGGCCACUCCAGUGCCCGCGACGACUGCCCGUCGAGAGGCUACGGCGACCGAGACGGCUACGGGGGUCGCGACCGUGACUACGCGGAUCAUUCAAGCGGAGGCUCCUACCGAGACCCCUUUGAGAGCUACGGGGAUCCGCGCGGCGCCGCCUCGGCUCGGGGCCCACCGCCAUCUUACGGCGGAGGAGGCCGCUACGAGGAGUACCGGGGCUGCUCCCCCGACGCCUACGGCGGCGGGCGCGACAGCUAUGGCAGCAGCCGGAGCGACCGCUACUCGCGAGGCCGAGACCGGGUGGGCCGGCCAGAUCGCGGGCUGCCUCCGUCCAUGGAGAGGGGGUGCCCGCCUCCGCGUGAUUCCUAUAGCCGUUCGGGCCGUAGGGCCCCCAGGGGCGGAGGCCGCCUUGGAAGCGAGAGAGGGGAAGGCCGGAGCAGAUACUAAGGACGUACAGACUUGGGACCAAAAUUUGUUCUCAAAGAAGCCAACGAAAAGAAGAACUUGUCCCAAGGACUAGUACGAGGAAGAGUUAUUAUUAUUACUUUUUGCCUUUUAAAAAUUUAUUGUUGACUUCCUCUCCAUUACUUUUUCAUGCUUUUGGGAGGAAAAAGUUAAAACUCGUUUAAUUGCGUUUUGGAAUUGUUAACGUUUCUUUCAACAAGCUCAUGUUAAAAGUAUAACUUGAACCUG